CUUAUCACUGUGUAACUGGGUAAUUUUCCGAUUAAGAAAGAAGAAUAUUCACGGAUUUAAUCAAUUACGGCAGCAAUGGGCCUCCGAUCACACGAACAACUUGUCGUGUGUGUCGGAGUUAUGUUUCUUCUGACUGUCUGCAUCACAGCGUUUUUCUUUCUUCCGUCAGGCGGCGCUGAUCUGUAUUUCCGAGAAGAAAACUCCGUUCACGUUAGAGAUGUGCUUAUCAGAGAGGAAAUUCGUCGUAAAGAGCAAGAUGAGUUACGGCGGAAAGCCGAAGAAGCCAAUCCCAUUCCAAUUCCAAAACCUGAAAUUGGAGCAUCAGAUGAUGCAGAAGGACGAAGAAUUUUCGUGAAACAAAUGAUUAAAUUCGCAUGGGACGGAUAUCGGAAAUAUGCCUGGGGGGAGAAUGAAUUGAGGCCCAACAGUAGAUCAGGACAUUCUUCAUCGAUAUUUGGGUAUGGAAAGACGGGUGCAACAAUUAUUGAUGCUAUUGAUACAUUGUAUUUGGUUGGAUUAAAAGAAGAAUAUAAAGAGGCCAGAGACUGGAUUGCUGAUUUUGAUUUCAAAACGUCUGCGAAAGGAGAUCUAUCAGUUUUUGAAACAAAUAUCCGAUUCACUGGUGGCCUACUCUCCGCAUUUGCACUUACCGGAGACAAAAUGUUCUUGAAGAAAGCAGAAGAUGUGGCAACUAUUCUUCUUCCGGCUUUUGAAACUCCUUCUGGAAUACCAAAUUCAUUAAUUGAUGCUCAAACAGGAAGAUCCAAAACGUAUAGUUGGGCAAGCGGAAAGGCAAUUCUCUCGGAAUACGGUUCAAUUCAACUUGAAUUCGAUUAUCUCUCCAAUCUGACUGGAAAUCCAGUUUUUGCUCAAAAAGCUGAUAAAAUAAGAGAUGUUUUAACUGCAAUGGAGAAACCAGAAGGACUUUAUCCAAUUUAUAUUACUAUGGAUAAUCCACCAAGAUGGGGACAACAUCUUUUCUCAAUGGGUGCAAUGGCUGACAGUUGGUAUGAAUAUCUGCUCAAACAAUGGAUUGCCACUGGUAAAAAAGAUGAUCGCACGAAAAGAGAAUACGAAGAAGCGAUAUUUGCAAUGGAAAAACGAAUGCUUUUCAAAUCGGAACAGUCGAAUCUUUGGUAUUUCGCAAAAAUGAACGGAAAUCGCAUGGAACAUUCAUUUGAACAUCUUGCAUGCUUUUCCGGUGGAAUGGUUGUUCUUCAUGCAAUGAAUGAGAAAAAUAAAACAAUAUCAGAUCAUUAUAUGACGUUGGGAAAAGAAAUUGGUCAUACAUGUCAUGAAUCGUACGCUAGAUCCACAACUGGAAUCGGCCCAGAAUCCUUCCAAUUCACAUCGAGUGUAGAGGCAAAAACAGAACGUCGUCAGGAUUCAUAUUAUAUUCUUCGUCCUGAAGUCGUUGAGACAUGGUUCUACUUGUGGAGGGCUACAAAAGACGAGAAAUAUCGACAAUGGGCUUGGGAUCAUGUUCAAAAUUUGGAGGAGUAUUGUAAGGGCACUGCCGGAUACUCUGGAAUCCGAAACGUCUACGAAUCGAGCCCGGAACAAGAUGAUGUGCAGCAGUCAUUCCUCUUCGCUGAGCUCUUCAAAUAUCUGUAUUUAAUUUUCAGUGAAGAUAACAUUCUUCCACUUGAUCAAUGGGUUUUCAAUACCGAAGCUCAUCCAUUCCGCAUUCGGCAUUAAUCAUGUUUCCUUCUAGUCUGAAUUUUUUUUCCUUCCAGUGUAAAUAUGGGUACAAAAAUGUUUAUCUAUAUUUUCUUUCUUGUUUUUCUUUAAUUUAUUGUUUUUAUUUACUGUUUUCAAUCAUUCUUUCCUAUGGAAAAUCUCUCCCACUUCGAUGACUUCCAAUUUUAGUAUUCAUGUGCUUAUAAUCGGGAUGUUUUUGUUUGAAAAUUAAGUAAUUUUCCAGUUACCAAUUGCCAACGAUGAAAAAAUGAAGCAAAUGUAUU